GCGAGUCACAUCAGAUGUGGACGGGAGGGGCAGAGAAAGGAGCCCUGAGGACCGACGCGGGGAUCAAAAAGCUGCACUGUAAGAGAAGGGAAGACAUGCGAGAGGAGUGGGUGCAAACAGGCAGAAGCUCAGUGGAUGGAGAGGGUGAGAGUCCUGACCGAUAGUGACCAGGCCGCCAUGCUGCCCUGGAGGAUGGCCAUCGUUGGCCUUUUCUACUUCUGCAUCAGAGCAGGUGUCACCCAAUACCAGAAUAACGCUCUAUUUCCAGCUGCGAGCAAAAUGAAAAGAGGGUUGACAAGUGUGGUGAUUCCCACUUUCCACAGCUCCCUGAAAGACGUUCAUCUAUUAUUUGAGAUCCUGCUGACUGGCGUUACCUUCGAGGCGAGCGGAGAGUUCUCUGUGCGAGACGCUGAGCUGGCUUCCCUACGCAAGACCAGGAGCCUGGAAGUCAUCUGCCAGGAGAUCGUCCCCAGGAAGCUAUCGGACGUUCUUAGGCUCAUCGCUGGCCUUUCCCGUCACGCCGGUCACCUGCGUCAGGAAGAUUUCGAGCGCACCUUGUUGACCUUGGUCUACGCCUCCCAAGCGACGGUCAAUUCCUCUAACGAAAACCAGCGACGCAUGUGGGCCGAAUCCUUCGUUAGUUUGUACAAAGCCAUCGAGCUGGAUCUGACGGGGGAAUAGCUGAGUGGACACAGAUGUUGCUGCCCUCCUGGUGGAUUUACUCACAUGGAGGAGAUCCAUAGAGAUCGGUUUGUGCAUCGAGAGAAAAUGUGAUAGAUAGAAGUGUUAACAAAUAAGUAAAGUGAAUUAGUAAACACGUUAUUAUUAAAAUAUGUACCGUCCAAGCAAGGUUAAUUAAAAUAUGAGGCACCGCGUAAACAAUAGCUGUUUGUAGUUUGUAUGCUGUUUAAAUGCUCGUUGCAAUAAAAAAAAAAUGAAA